AAGGGACCAGGUGGAAGGCAGAGAUUCCUUGGUGACCCCAUGCCCUUGGACACCGCUCCUUACAGUCUGGAUUAAACAGCAUUAGGGAGCCAAGAGAGGAAACACAUGUGGCAGUUGGGGACCUGUGCCUGCCUGUUUCCGUCCUACACCUCGUCAUCUCGCCACACCCUUCACGUCACCUUACACUCUCCUUCAGUUCAGGAACUGGGAGCUACAGAGAGCAGGGAGAAGGGAGAGGAGGAGAAGAAAGCAUAAUAAUUCCUUGCCCAACUCCAGCCCCACGCCCAGCACAAACAACAGGUAGGCAAGCCUGCCGAGAAUACUCAGAGGGAGUCCUGUGAGCAGCAAACUGGUCGGAGCCUGGAAAAGACUCUGAGAAGUAAAAGAUCAAAGCCUGGUCGGCACCGGCUUCCACUCCCGCUCCAGCCUCCCUCCAUUUCGGCUCCAGCCUCGCACCCACCUCCGGCUCUCAGUCAGCCUGUUUGCAUCCUCCCUCCCGGUUCCUGCCCUGAGCCAGCUCCUACUCCGGGAUUCCGUAACCAGACCCUCAAGCCAUGGCUGGUCCCUUCUCUCGUCUCCUGUCUGCCCGCCCGGGGCUCAGACUCCUGGCUUUGGCUGGAGCUGGGUCUCUAGCCGCUGGGUUUCUUCUCCGCUCGGAACCUGUUCGAGCCGCCGGCGAACGACGGAGGCUGUAUCCCCCGAGUGCUGAGUACCCAGACCUCCGAAAGCACAACAACUGCAUGGCCAGUCACCUGACCCCAGCAGUCUAUGCCCGGCUCUGCGACAAGACCACACCCACUGGUUGGACGCUAGAUCAAUGUAUCCAGACUGGCGUGGACAACCCUGGCCACCCCUUCAUCAAGACUGUGGGCAUGGUAGCUGGUGAUGAGGAGACCUAUGAGGUAUUUGCUGAGCUGUUUGACCCUGUGAUCCAAGAGCGACACAAUGGAUAUAACCCCCAGACGAUGAAACAUACCACUGACCUGGAUGCCAGCAAGAUCCGUUCUGGCUACUUUGAUGAGAGGUAUGUAUUGUCCACAAGAGUCAGAACUGGCCGAAGUAUCCGGGGUCUCAGCCUGCCUCCAGCCUGCACCCGGGCAGAGCGACGAGAGGUGGAGCGUGUUGUGGUGGAGGCACUGAGUGGCCUGAAGGGUGACCUGGCUGGACGCUACUAUCGGCUCAGUGAGAUGACAGAGGCUGAGCAGCAGCAGCUAAUUGAUGACCACUUCCUGUUUGAUAAACCUGUGUCCCCAUUAUUGACCGCAGCAGGAAUGGCUCGAGACUGGCCAGAUGCUCGUGGAAUCUGGCACAACAAUGAGAAGAGCUUCUUGAUCUGGGUGAAUGAGGAGGAUCAUACACGGGUCAUCUCCAUGGAGAAGGGUGGCAACAUGAAGAAAGUGUUUGAAAGAUUCUGCCGAGGCCUCAAAGAGGUGGAGCGGCUGAUCCAGGAGCGUGGCUGGGAGUUCAUGUGGAAUGAGCGUUUGGGAUACAUCUUGACCUGUCCAUCUAACCUAGGCACUGGACUUCGGGCAGGAGUGCACAUCAAACUGCCCCUGCUAAGCAAAGAUAGCCGCUUCCCAAAGAUCCUAGAGAACCUAAGACUCCAAAAACGUGGAACUGGAGGAGUGGACACAGCUGCCACAGGCGGCAUCAUUGACAUCUCUAAUUUGGACCGACUGGGCAAGUCAGAGGUGGAGCUGGUGCAGCUGGUCAUCGAUGGAGUAAACUAUUUGAUUGACUGUGAACGGCGUCUGGAGAGAGGCCAGGAUAUCCGCGUCCCUCCGCCUCUCCCCAACAAGCAUUAACUCCCAUCCCUAGCAGAUGACUCAAGACUCCCAGGACCUCUGCCAUUCUAACAGUGGCCCAUUCUCCUUACUCUGGAUCCUCCCUUUCCCCCCUCACUCCCUCUGUCCUAGUAAAGACUACUGGCUACGC